UUGAGGCAGGAGAAUUGCUUGAACCCGGCAGGCAGAGAUUGCAGUGAGCUAAGAUCGUGCCACUGUACUCCAGCCUGGGUGACUGAGCAAGACUCCGUCUCAAAAGAAAAAAAGAGCUUUUUCUUUCCAUGCCGAUAGCACUCACACAAACAUGGUGAACAUUCCUAAAACCUGCCGAACUUCCUGUAAGAAGUGUGGCAAGCACCAGCCCCACAAAGUGACACCGUACAAGAAGGGCAAGGAUUCUCUGUAUGCCCAGGGAAAGCGGCGUUAUGACAGGAAGCAGAGUGGCUAUGGUGGGCAGACUAAGCCGAUUUUCUGGAAGAAGACUGAAACUACAAAGAAGAUUGUGCUAAGGCUUGAGUGCCGUGAGCCAAACUGCAGAUCUAAGAGAAUGCCGGCCAUUAAGAGAUGCAAGCAUUUUGAACUGGGAGGAGAUAAGAAGAGAAAGGGCCAAGUGAUCCAGUUCUAAGCGUCUUCUUUUCUUUUAGGAAGACAAUAAAAUCUUGAGUUUAUGUUAAAAAAAAA